CAAAUCUGACAGUGAAUGCUUCUCUUUGAGGACCGUGCAGAAAUGUCUCCCUUUGAAAAUAAAGGACUAAUACUGGGCGUAAUGGCAGGGACUGCUGGAUUAAGCCUGGUGCUGAUUUGGUACCGCAAGAUCCGAAAGCCUGGUGCAGCUCUGCAUAUGCAUGCGUUCCAGGAUAUUAAUUCUGUGGGCUUGCAAAAUGAGGCUCCUAAUGAGCAAGGAGCAGUAAUGGUUUUACAUGGAAGGCAACUGCAGAUACUAGAAAAAUUGAAUGGCCUGCUACUAAGCGUGGACGAACUGAAGAGAGAGGUGGAAUUUCUGAAAGAAGCUAUUCCAAAGCUUGAAGGGCUUGUUCGAAAUGAGCUUCAAGGAAAAGGUGAUGUUCAGAGAGUUAGCCCAUCACACAGAGCAGCAAGGCGGAGAAAAGCAGAAACAGCUUCUGGUGCAAGAGAAACUACCAGCUCUGAAGAGGCAGAAAGUGAAGGAGGUUACCUUACUGCUCAUACUGAUUCUGAAGGAGACUCCGAGGAAGAAAAGAGAUGUAUGAAAUCACCUGAUGCCGUGGUGAAAUCAGAAGAAGAUGAAGACUUAUUUAAUUUUUUACAGCAGGUGGACAAUUUGCACAAGGGUUCAGAGGAUGAUAAAAAGGAGGGCUUCAGACUGCUGCUUGAGAAAGAUGACAAGUAUGAAAACUGUGUGGACUUUCUUUGGAGACUUGCACGUGCUUAUGGAGAUCUGUUUGAGAUGACUACUGAUGCUGAGGAGAAGAGGAAAUAUGUAACUGAUGGAAAGAUUAAAGCUGAAAAGGCUGUGCAGCUGGACGCUGGGAGUGCUGAGAGUCACCAGUGGUUUGCAAUUAUGUGUGGCUAUAUGUCUCAGUUUGAAAGUGUACAAAACAAAAUCAGGAAUGGUUAUCUCUUUAAGGAGCACCUAGACAAGGCAAUUGAACUUAAGCCUCAAGAUCCCUUUUUAUAUUACCUAAAUGGAAGAUGGUGCUAUUCAGUAGCUCAGUUGUCUUGGAUUGAAAAGAAAGUAGCUGCUGCUCUCUUUGGGACUCCACCAACUUCAACAGUAGAAGAAGCAUUGCAGAAUUUCCUCAAGGCAGAAGAAAUGCAUCCAGGAUAUUCCAAAUGCAAUUAUGUGUAUUUGGCAAAGUGCUAUAAAGAUCUUGGCCAGAAAAACAAUGCACUGAAGUACUGUGAUUCUGCACUGUCAAUUCUCUCAGUUACUAAUGAGGGCAGUUAAGGAGGCACAGUUCUUCAAGUCACAUCUGCUGGAAUAUAGUUCAUUGUAAGAGAUUACUAGAUUCUUCUUGAAGCCCAUUUUUGGUAUGUGGACAAAAAAUUUCUGCAAAUAUUUGAGAGACUGUAAGUUGUUUAAUAUCUCAAAUAUAAACCAAGUGAUGGCAAGAAGGUUCACUGUGUGAUCUCAUGUAGAAGCAAGUCCCAUGACUGACCUAUGACUGGAAACAUCUUACCAUCCUAGAGCAUGACAAGUUCAAACCUGAGCUUUGUCAGCCUAAGGGACCCCCUUUCAGUACAGCAGAUGUGGUAUGGAGAGAGAGAGGUGAUUCCUGAGAGGAAUUGGCCCCCUCCUACUUAAUUCUUUGAAGUUAAGGAAAAAGACCAUUAAAUAACUCUGUAACUUGACUGACAAUAAAUGCUGUGUGCGGAGCACUAACAUGUUUAUGUCAAGUGCUCCUGCUGGGAAGAAAGACCACUGCGUGCCUCACCAGCCGCUGCUCCUGGGUGGCCUAAUUUUUGGCCCAAGUUGUAGUAUGUACCAAUCAUUAAUUAAGUAAUCAUUGCUUAUGUUCAGUGUUUCUUCAAAUAUGUAUUGAUACAGAUAUGACAUUAACAAUGAUUUAAUUCUGCUUUAUUCUUUACUUACUGUUAAAAUAUACCUUCAGCUUGCCUACUACAGAACAUAGGCAGAACAAGACUGCUACAAAUUAUCUGUUUAAUAUCCCAUCACGUUUCUGAGGUAUCAGCAGACCUGAGAAGGAGAGGGAACCCUGAGGUGAGAGCAGGAAUUCAGAAGCAGUCUGAGGGAUAGAUGUAUGUAUUCUGGAAAGCAAGGUGAUGAUGAGAAUAAGAAUUACUGGUCUGUGAACAGAAGAGUGAGCAUCAAACGGGCCCCAAAAAUCUUUUGUCCAUCUGAAGAGGAGAAGUUGAUUUGACCACUCCAGUUUUGACUAAUUCUAUAGAUAUCACAGAUUUGUCUCCUUUGUCUUGUUUACUUGUGGUGUGUUUUGAGUUAAGUUUAGAAAAAAAGAAUCCAGAAAAAUAUGGUAUCAGGGCAGUAGUAUGUAAUUCAAUUUAAAAAAAAACCAACCAAGCACUCAGCACAGGGUAAAAAACCCAAGUGCACGCUGAAAGAAAUUACUGUGAAAUGGAGAUCUGCAACAUGAACUCUGCUGUUGCUGACUGUUACCUCAAAUCCCAUCUGAAUUUGAAUAUUACAUGUUGUUUUGGUUAUUGUGUUACAGAAAGACUGUUGCUGAUUUUUGGGAAAACGUGUUGGAAGUGAAGUGGUUUCCUUCACUUGGAGCUGUAUGUAGGAAUAACAUCUAGUGAGAUUAGUUUAAGAGAGGGAAGAGACUGUAAUAAGACUGAAGAGGCAUUGGGGAGACAGUAAUAAGCAGAUGCUAAUAAAGUGCCUGAAUUGAUUGCAGCCCUGUAGAAGAUGGGGUUCGUGGUCUGAAAAAAAAGCACAGGUCAGCAGCAGUCUGAGGAUUUCUUUCAGUUUGCCACAGCACAGGAUCUCAAGGUUGUCAGCAGUGUGGUAUUUUGUCACAGUCAUGUGAAACCCAUCAUUCCCAAGUGUAAUCACAGUUUCUCACAUGAGUUUUCUCUUUCUUCAAGCAGGGGAAUUCCUUUAUUGUUUUUAGAUGUUGGCUUCUACUGAGAAACAUGUAUUUGUAUAAAGGCAUAAAAUCAGGAGCAGACUGAGAGACAAAGUUGCUGGAAAGGUGCCACAAAGAGGAAAUGUAUAGUAUUUCAUGAUACAAAUCAUCUUGCAGAAAAAUAAUCAUAGACAGUGGUUUACUUUUUAUUGCUUCUGAGCAUCCACAGUUUCCAAUGACUUCUGGGAACCAGAGGUGCUUGGCAUCAGUGAAGUAGCCCAUAGCUCAUUUUAAUCCUCAGGUCAAAUUCUCAGCUGCUGUAACUCAGGACACUUCUUUGACCCUUUUUCUAGGAUUCAUUUCAUGUAGCAUUUUGAUUUAAGUGAUAUUAUUUUUGUCUUGAAUGUUAGAUCAAAGUACCCCUUCUGUGCACCCACUUCUGUUCUACCACUUACAGAAUAUGUUUUAAUUCAAGGGGUAAAGGGGCUUCCAAGCAUAGCUAAUUCUUGUUAAAGAAAAAAAAAUCAGCCUGUUUCAAACCUAUUGUGAAUCUUAAAAAGGAUACACAGAAAUUAUAAAAAAAGAAAAAAGUUCUUAUUGAGCGAGUCCUGUAAAUUUAGUUACAGGAGGAUUUUUUAAAACAUGACAGUUUUUUGAAAUAGUUUGGCACAUUUCUAACUUAUCAGUCUAUGCUUUUUUUUUUUUAAAGGAAAUAUGUUAGAUUUGGUUCAAAUUACAUCUGGAAAAACAAAUCUGAUAUUACAGUGCAGCUUAAGAGACCUUUCUCUAUCCUCUCUAAACAAAAACUUCCAAUGAAUCAUGCAAUCCUUCCUUGGCCAUAAAUACUGUCAUAUGGUGGAGUGGUACUUCACUGCUGGAGGUGCAUGGGACAUUAAAUUGUCCAGUUUUUCUCUGGUUGCUACCCAGGUGGAUAACCUCAGGGUCCUGGGAAACAUUUGCCCCUUCAGUAAAAGAGAUCCUAAUGUUCAGGGCUGCUGUGAGUUAUUGUAAAGUGCUUAACAGCUGCUCUGUUCAUCUAGUGAAUGUUGCAUUACCCUUACUGAGACUCAUUACUUUGUAGUGUGCUCAAAGCCUUGCUGAGUGUGACUACAUGAAGGGUUGUUGAAACCAGAUGUGGUGGACUAUUGUGGUAGAACAAAAUUACUUUUUUAAAUUUGAAGACAAAAAUGUAAUUUAAUUUUGAAAGCACAAGUGUCUGUCUUGCGUAUAGAAAGACAAAACGAAUGUGUGUGUGUUUGGUUAAACACGUGGUCCUUUGCUUGUAAGGGGAAUAAGACACUAAUUUCUUGUUUAUAAUAAAGAUUGUUGGAAAUUUCAAGGCUGGAACUUGUAGAAUUUCAAGUCUCAAUGUAGGAUUAUAAAGUAUAAUAGUCAAGAAAUUAUUUUUUCUUGUAUCUGGAGAUGAGCAUGAGCAUGAGCAUGAGAGUGAACUCUGUGCUUGUUGGACCGGUAGGCUCACCACAAAGAAAGUAACAGCCUAGCAGAGAAAGAGAUUAAAAUUUCAAGGUUCUAGUCUCUAUUACAUGUUUUAUAAUGAAUCUGAAAAGCAGCAGUUGUGUUACAAAAAGUGUAGUCUUGGAAGAGAUGAAGGCAGCAAAGCGGGAAAAAUGCGAAGGAAAUCUAUUUGCACUGAGUUGCUGAAAGUUGUACUUAAAAUGCAGAUAAAAACUUCCCUAAAGCUGAGAAUGUAUUUUACAAAAUUGUUGGUGAUUUUGUGCACUUCUUCCCAGUAAUUAGAAAUUAUGGCAGUUCAGAGUUGAAAUUAACAAGUGAGAGAAAUUUAGAUAUUACAGAAAUUGAUGAUUAUGGCAUUCACUUCUUACAGGUGUAGAAUGGGAGGAAGCAGAGACUUGUUAAAGACUCUGCUUCAGCCUCAGUGACAUCUGUGGAGGAGUUGAUAAAUGUAGUAAUAGGCAGCAACAAUGGCUGAAGGUUUACACAAGAAUGCAGCUGCUGAGAAGAAAUCAUGCUCAUACAAUUUCCUUACACUUUUUUUACAUCACCAUAAUUAUCUCCCUGGCUAUUAAUUUCAUUUUUAAUAUCGUCUGUAAGGAAAAAAGUGGGAGUUGCAGAGGGAUGGGAGAGAGGUCAGCUAUAUACUUCAGCACCCAUCAGCUGUUCUAUUACAACAGACCAUUUGUGUAUCUGGAUUUUUCAAGAUUUUCCAAGAAAUACCUACUCCAGCCAGCAUAGAUUGGUCGUAUGAGCAGACCUUGUUGUGAUAUUUCCAACAGAUCUCAUUUGAAGCUGCUAUGGUAAUCUGCCCUUCUAAGUAGGAUUUUGAGGAGAAAAAAGUAAUUUACUCUUGCUUUUAAAGUGAAGGUUACAAAUUACGACCUGUUUUUGAAAAAAACUACCAAUUGAAAGUGUGAAUAAUUUGGGCUAACCUUAUAAAAGUGUUUUUGUUUUCUCAUCGACCAGAAUAUUUUCUUUUCACAACAUCUUCAGCUCAAUAAAAAAUGUCGUUCUUUUCAGAGAAUAUUUGUUGCUUUAGAUUUUUUGCACAUCUGUCCUCCAAAAGGCCAGCAAAAUUUGAUGGUGUUUCAAUUGAAAAAUAAUGGAAGUGUUCAGAUUUGUGUUCAUUUUGAAUUCUAGGCUAUUGUUUUUCUGCUAGUACUGUUCGUGGAGUUGAACAAGAGCUUCCUAAUAGCUACCACAAACUCAAAGCUAAAAUGUUUUUUGAGUAUGCUUUAAAAAACUACUCCUUAAUUAGUGGGUUUGUAUACAAUGGAUCUGACUGCUUCAAGCUCAGAGAAUACACUUUUUAAAAAACGUUAUAAAGACAUCAGAUUUCAAACUAAAAUUCAAGGGGAAAACGAUACAUUUGUUAAAGAGCUGCUAAAAUAAUUUGAGACUGCCCAUAUUUUACAUUAUUUUGCACUUCAAAGAAUAGUCUAUUUUUAUCUUAGUGAUCAGACCAAUUUUCUAUCUGCAUGUUUUUGAAGUUCUUGAAAAAAGGUUUGUUUGUAUUGUGUACUUAUUUCUUCUUUCCCUCUGAAAAUGAUUCUGAAAAGUGAUGAAGAUAUUUUUUGUAGUGUCACGGUUUCAUACGUAAGGAUGAAGUCUAUCCUGAUAAAUACCAAGCUUAUUAUAUUUAUGAUUAAACUGACUAUCACACAGUAUUCGUUUCAACAUCCUAUCAAAGGUAACACAGUUUUAGCAUAGUUCUUAGUCCAGCAAGACUGGUCAGCAGCCAGUUCCCCAAAGUGUGGAGUGUGUCUCCUCUGCUGGCAUUCUGAUGAUGCAGGGGCAGAGUGGGAGCAGUAUUCACAGAGGCAGUGGUACACUGCAGGAUUACAAAAAUGGAUUUGCAAAAACCUAUUUUGAAUUUUCGUAGAGUAGUCAGACUUCUGGGAUUUUGAAAUAUAUUGUCUUGGAGGCAAUAUACAGGGUGAAGGAAAGCCUUGAUGGGCACCUUUGUGAGGAGGCUGUAACUGGGUGCAGUCGUGUUGCAGCAAUGUUUCAGCAAUGACUGCGCAGAAAGAAAAGCUUUAGGUCCCAACAUGGGAGAGGCAGCAGCCGGACAGAAAGAGGAGAAUGUCUUGAGCACCAAAAGCUCCACAUAAUGUACAAUAGUAAAAGAAAACCAGACCAUAGGUGAAAUUUAGUCUUUCAAGUUAGAAAAGAACCAGUGGAUUAAAAUUUUACAUGACUAUUCACUAUUCUAAAUUGUAUUCUGCUGUUUUGUAAUUUUUCAACAGUAGUCUUUGAAUGAGUUGAACUGUUUAUUCAUAUUCUUCUGGGUGUGAAAGGGUAUUUUUCCCUCUACUUGAAGUAAUAUCUGAAAAUGUGUAAUUAUUGUCAGCUGCAUAUUUUAAAGCUGUGCUUGCCUUUAUCCUAAAAGCCUUGAGAAGUUAUAGUUAAUCCCCAGAGGAAGGUAGUGAUAGUCUGAAAGAACAUAGAAUGCCCUAUCUUGUACAGACAGCAGUCAUACAGAAGGUGGCAUGUGGAUGAUUGCAUUGCUGUACUGCAGUAUCAAAGGAGAAUACUGAUGGUAUUAUACAAUUGUUAGUGCACACUACAGUCACGCCAUCUGUGAGUCUGUCAAAAAUCGAGAAGGGAUAUGAUAGCAUUUAGCUCUGUAUGAUUUAUACUGUCCACAAGAGCUAUUGCUCUCUAACAAUCCUUGUGCAUGUUUGGGAGUCUCUUCUGUUACAGUCCAGGAUUUCUCCUGGAGCUGUGAGGGAAUGAUACAGCUGUACCCAAAAGCAGGAGUGUCUCUCGGCACCUCAUUGCUGUUACUGCAUAUCAGAGUACAGCUUUGGACCACCCUUGCAGCCCAGCUCAUUUAAUAUACCAUGCUGCUCUGCUGACUUCAGUGAAACCCUACAGGAUGCAUGUCAGCUUGAGAUUUGGCAGUGGUUGCACACAAUUAUGUUUUCGUUGGCUGGUGUAACCAUUUUGGUUGUGGUCAUGGGGGUGUAUCAUUCUCCGUUGAUAGUUGGGACUUUGUCAACAAGUGCACACAUGUGCAGUGCCUGGGUUGAGUGUGUUAGUGCAUAAGGAAAUAAUUAGCAGAGAUGGAAGGUAAAAUCAUUAUCUUUCUGUCUUGGCUUUAAUUGCCAUUUAAUUUUUACAUGCACAUUUAUAUGUGUAACUAUCUGUGUAAAUGUAUCAGUAAAUUUUUUUAAGCAGAAAUGAACUGUCAAAAUGUGGACUACUUCCAGUUAAGCUAACAUUCCCUUUUUCCCACCAGCUCUCUCUUCCUUCUUGCUCUUGUUUUCAAUUCUCUCUCUCCCCUUGUUCAGUCCCUGGCCUCCCAGGUCUUUUUUUCCUGUGCAUAUCCCCUGCGAAUGUUGAAACACAAAAGUAAAGCAACAAAAUAGGAAUAAGGCAAAAUGCAGUCCCUGGCCCUGUAAUUUGAAUACCUUUUGUGUAGCAGUUUGCAGAACAUUUUGAACUCAUAUUCAACUCUGAAAAUGAUAUAAGGAGUGUUUAAUAAAUGUAAGCCUUGACAGUAGAAAGACAGGAUUGAAACUGGCUAUGUAUUCAGUCAGUGCUGAACUAAGCCUCAGGGUGAACAAAUGGGACUGACGCAAGUAUAUUGCGUUCCUCCUAUGACUUGCACCUCUCCUUCUGCUUGCCACACUCUAAAGGGAGAGCCUGCUGUCUGAAAAAAAAAAAGCAGCCGACCUUAUUGUUCAUUUUCAGAAAGCCACAGACCCAGAAAUCAGCAAGGAGGAGAGUUGGCCCAAGACAGGAUUUAUGGCUUUGUCUUUCCAUUAGCAGUCAAGCUUUGGGCAUUAAUGAGUUUUCACCCUUAAAACUGGAAACUGGUACACUGAACAGAGUUGUGGCUUCUCUCUCCUUUUAGCGUGACACACCUCUUGGUCUGGAAGGACUCUAUCCAAAGGUGACAUAAUAGUUCCCUUCACUGAUCACUCUCAGCUUUGUUUUUAAUGCCAUUACUGAUUUUUUUCAAUGCUUUUGCCAUAUCUGUUCUUAUUGACUGGAAGCUGCUGGCUCAAUUAAUGCAGCCCGUUAAGUAGUUUGCAACAAUAAUUCCUGCUUUUACUGCUGUAGUCCUGUUUAGAGCUGGCAAACCAAAGGUAGAAUGCUUUGCACGUUUGCAGUUUCUUCUCCAGACAGUUCUUAGAACAAUCAUGGGUUUGUUCCGUUCUUUUUCCUAAGCCCAGAGGAAGAUUCAGGGAAGAUUGCCCAAUAUUUUCUGGACCUUUGCAACUUGUAAAGAUCAUUGCCCAAUAUAAUCCUUUACUUCUUAAGAGAGAGACAAUUAUCCAAAACAAUUUGGAGAUAUAUUUUUAAAAUGCUGUAUCCUGCAAAAUGAGUAGAGAAUCCCAUCAACCCAUGAAAUGCUGAACACUCUUCAGAUAUGAGAAAACCUGCAUCUUUAUAAUUUUCAUCUUAGAAAAGUGUCAUAAGAGUACAACCACAUACAAUGAAACUUCUGCAUUUCUUAUUAGCAUGGGACAAUAUCUGGCUUUUUACUUUUUUUAUUUAAUGGAGUUUAGAAUAAUUUUCACAAGUUGACCACAGUCAGUACAGAAAAGAGUGUAUUUUCCCUGAAUUAAGGGAAAAUUUUGAGUUUUUCAAUUUUUGUUGAAAUCAACAGCGUGUUUCUCCAGACAGCCUGUAGUGACGUGGAGUUUAAGGGGUGCUCAGUCCUGUAUGACAUUUCCUUCUGUUAGAGUAUUUUGGCAAGAGCUUACUGGCUUUGCAGUGUGUGCCUUUUAAGGCCUCUGAUAAAUGAUUAGGCAGAUAGUUUAGCGUAUUGUUGCCAGUGGGAGUAAGGCAGUAACUCCAAGAGAAGUGUCCAGCUAAUGUAUUAAUGCCUUAAUCCAGACCAAUAAUAUAAUGUAGUUUGACAUGUCUGGCAUAUGGUUUCUAUCAUCUCAAUAUUCUUCUCUGUUCCUCCAUGACAUUAUAGACAGCUAACCAAAAUAAAGAGAAGCAGGAAUUUUUUCACCCAUAAAAUAUAUUCUAAAAUGUUCUGUAUUUUGUUCCAGCUCUUUGGUUGAUUGGGUAAUGAAGUGAUCCUGAAAUUUAGUGAUUACUUCACUGACUGUCUACAGUAUUUUCUUUCAGAAUAUCCUGUGGUAUUGUUAUUACUGGUCCCUGUCAUUAGAAAUACUUAGCAAAAUCUGUGAUGUGCAGGUACUUUUCACUUGCACUGUUCAGUAUCCAUGGGUGCAUGUGUUGGGUGUUUGGACCUUUACAAGCCUGCAGGUAUGAGGUGCUGACAUUUUAGAAAUGUGGUUUUAAACCAAAGUGCAUUUUGCAAGCUAGAAGUUCUGCAGCAGCAGCUAAAGGAAGCAGAGUAUAUCCAGGAGACUUUUAAAAAUAAGUAGAAUAAUGGAGUUUUUGUUCCGUGAUUACAUGCUUAUAUUCAUGUGCCCCUUUCCAAGCAGGUUAUACAUGGAAUAGCCAAAACAUAUGUCACUGCUUACCUGUGAGACAGUUUUAGGCCUGGGAUAGGUUUAAAUCCCCAUGCAAACUGUACACUUAACACAUUGGCCUAAGAGGAGCUUUUUCCUGCUGCCCUAGGAGUACAGUGUAGUGUUGGCUCUGAGCACAGCAGGUCACUUUUCUCUUGCUCCCACACUGGCCGCACUCUGCUGUGAGCCCAGUAGCAUAGGCAGAGCCCAGUCUGGAAGAUACUGAGGGUGCAGUCAGCCCAUGGUGGCUAUUACAGGUAGGUCUGGCUGUAUGCACUGAAACCACAAUCUAACCUAUGUCAUGAAUUACAUUUCCCAAUGUUUUCUUCUUAGUUGCCUAAUAAAUCAUUAGCAAACAUCACAGAAUGUGAUAGAAAUGUGCAUAGAAAAA